AAACCUUCUUUCCUUCGUUCGAUUCCUCCGCAAGUGAUUCCGCGUCUCUUCUUUCCAGCUAAGUAUUCCUCUCUUUUUCUCUCUUAAAAUUUCCUUUUUUUAGAUUUUUUUUUUCCUUCUUUUUUCUAUUAGUUUUAGUAGUUAUUAUUAGCUGUUGAAUCCGUAGAUUUUGGAGGUGGUUUUGUUCAAUUUGGUCCAUCUCUUCGUUCCUCAACCUAUAUCUCUCCAUUUGGACAAGAUCCAACUCCCAAAAUUGGAAUUUUUUGGGGGUGGGGGGUUAUUUUGUCGUUUUUAAUCGAAAUCCAUUUCCCAAAAUUCGUUCUUUUGUGGUUUAUUACCCGAUCUGAGGAAACCCCAGUUCCCAAAAUCCGACCUUUUGAGGUUUUCUUGUUCGAUUCCGUACAAAUCCCCUGUAAAAUUUGCCUCUUGUGAUCUGCUUUUGAAGUUGAGUGUUCAUGUUCUCCAAAGCCCACCUCUUCUAGCUGUUAUGAAAAUCGCCACACUCUGCCACCCCUGGUUCUGCUUCCUCCACUCGUUCUCGGUCGCAUUCCUCUACUGGUUCUACGUAUUCUCAUGAACUAAUUCUCUCAUCACCCGUUCCUUUCACAUCCUAAUUUAACCACACUCUCGUAAAAAUCCCCAAUUUAACCAAAAAGUUAUCGAAUUUUACUCUCCACAAACCUCCUUCCAAUCGAAGAACCCUUCUUUUCGCCGGAAAGAGAAAUGUCGUCCAUACCGGCCGCUUGCCGCUCUUCGAGCCCUGAAGGAUGUCCCCAAAUCACCGACGAGAAGAAGCGCAAGCGGAUGAUCUCCAACAGGGAAUCCGCGCGCAGGUCCCGCUUGCGGAAGCAGCAGCACUUGGAUGAGCUGAUAAACCAAGAAGUCAAGCUCAGGAAUGACAACAAACAGAUCGAGGCCCAGCUCAAUAUUUUGACUCAGCAGUACCUUAACUUGGAUAAGGACAACAUCGUAUUAAGGGCUCAAGUCACUGAACUGAAUGAGAGGCUCAAGUCGAUGAACUCGCUGCUUCAGAUCGUUGAGGAUGUCGUCGGAGUGCCCAUGGAGACUAUCCCUGAAAUUCCGGACCCGCUCUUGAAGCCGUGGCAGCCGCUUUUCCCUGCGCAGCCCAUCAUGGCCAAUGCUGAGUUUCUCCAGUUCUGAAAAAAGGGUAAGCCCUAUGUGAGAGUUCCAAGUAGUUUAUGGGGUUAUAGUAGUUCAUGGUGUUUGCUAAAUAGAGUUUUGUCUUAUGUCUUGGUUGGAGUUGAGUUAUGUUUAGGUAUUAUCUGAUGAAGGUUUGUGUUCUUAUGUGACAAUAUCUUCCAUUGCAUAUUGUAUUAGAUAUUUAUGUUCUUGAUUAAUAUAGCUAAGAUAUUGUUUGUGCUCUUUUUAAAUUCAUCUGUUUAGAUGUAUUAGAAGCUUUAAUUUAAAUGCAGCAGAAUGCUGAUUGUUUCA